UUUUCUCAGCCUACAGUGUGCUAUUGCAUAUUUCUAAUGGGUUGUCUACAGCUGGCAGUAUAUUGUGGACCAACAAUUAACUCUUCAACUAACUUCGACUGGUAAUUAGCUUUAUCUAACGUUAAUUAGCUUUCAUACGGUCCAAAGUAAAGACGCGCUCGUGAGCUCAUGUUUUUACAUUACCCAUGACACCAGAGGGCGUCGUGAAGGAGCUUCAUUUUGAUACAACGUUAGCCGUUGGAGGAUGCGCGCGAGCGCCGCUGGUCCAGACUGCACGAGCAGGAAGAAGAUGACGUCAUACCUUAGUUUAAGACAGCGGAGGACGUUUGGACCGAACAAAACAGGCUCGCCGUCUCCUCCAGGACAAGAAAGAAGCGUGAGAGGUGAUCUUCCCCAAGUCCGCUGGCUUGGACACGCUGCGUGGGUGUGUGAGGGUGGAUGUGUGUGUUGAUGCGCUCGACUGCCUGCAGCUUUAGGACCCUGGCCUGAUGGAGAAGAGAGACCGGAAGCCGGGAUAUUUUGCCAGGCUGAAGAGGCGGAGACAGCUCAAGCAGAGCCAAUCGGAAAAGAUUGUGACUGAGCAGAACCCGGCUGUCAUUACCUGUCCAGACAUCCCAAAUGACCAGGACCCCAACAAGAAGAUGGACCUGCAGAGAAUACCAGCAAUGCCACACGCGGCCUCGGACGAUGGCUGUAAAAGUAACAUUCAGGCAAAGAGGGAGAAGAAGAGACCACCGGGAACAACGGAGUUCAUUGUGGGACCUGAUGACUCCCUCAGCAGCAUCGCACUCAAGUUCAACGUCACCCCGAACAAACUGGUCCAGCUGAACAAGCUCUUCUCUCACAGCGUCUACCCCGGUCAGAAGCUGUUCGUCCCCGAUGUGAGCCGGUCAGAAGCUGACCUCCAGUCUCAGGGUUCCUCUGAUCCCUCCUUCACAGAUGGCCUAUCGGAGAAAGCAUCACAUGGCGGCGUGUCAAACUGCACGUUAACAAAGUCCCUCCGGCGUGAGCUCUCCCCAAACUCAGAGGACGAGAGCCCAGCAACGGUUAAAUUCAUCAAGAUGAGCUGCAAAUAUUUCACUGACGGCGUGGGAGUGGUGGGAGGCGUGCUGAUCGUGACCCCCAACAACAUCAUGUUUGACCCCCACAAGUCCGACCCCCUGGUGAUCGAGCACGGCUGCGAGGAGUACGGCCUGAUCUGCCCCAUGGAGGAGGUCGUCUCCGUGGCGCUGUACGACGACGUGUCGCGCAUGAAGCUCAAAGAUGCUCUGCCAUCAGACCUACCCCAGGAUUUAUGUCCUGUGUACAGGCCCGGCGAGUGGGAGCAACUGCCAUCACAGCGCGAUCUGAACCCCUUCAGCCGCUAUGAAGCUCUUGGUCCAAAGCGACCAAUCGUGUUGGAUGACAUCGACUCCACCCUCUCAGAAACUGAGAGCGAGCAGGCGGAGAAGUCCCCGUCAGACGAAGGAUUCACAGAUUUGGAGCCAACUGUCAACGGGAGCACUGAAGAGGCCGAGGGGACGACCACCAAAACACCCGGCAUCGUCCGCAGGGACCAACUGGAACGAGGACCAGAACCAGGCCGGGACAAGUCGACUCUUAGUCAAACUAAAGGUCAUCUUGAUGAGGAAGAGGACGAGGGUGUCGCUCAGAACAGCUCCGUUGAGGACGGCGAGAUGAUACAGUCCUCGUGUGAUGGACCUACAAAGCAAGAGGAAACCAAAGAUAUAAAACCUAAAGGAGCCGGCGGGCUGCUAAAUGGUGCACAUGAAGAAAUGAUCGGCGCACCAGUCGACCAAAACAGGAAAUUGAAUCUCAAGGAGGCUUCUGGGAUUCGUGGGGACUCGAAUCCGGAGAAACAAAGCCCAGACAGACCAGCAGGUGGUGCUGAACUCAGUGAGGAGGAGAGACGGAAGAAAAGCUACAAGGCAGAAGUGAAGUCAUGGCUGCUGGAGAGGAUGCAGGCUCCAAUAGAAGACAUGCUUUUCUCAUCAGAGGAGAAGAGUACAAUCCCACCUAUGUUCCUGUGCUUCAAAGUGGGAAAGCCAAUGAGGAAGUCCUUUGCCACCGGGAGGACCUCUAGUCCCGCCCACUCAUUUGGGAGCCGGGACAAACAGCCAGAGUACUGGUUUGCUGUGCCACAAGAAAGGGUGGACCACCUCUAUGGGUUUUUCGUCCAGUGGUCUCCAGAUGUGUACGGGAAGGAGGCUCGAGAACAGGGCUUUGUUGUGGUGGAGAAGGAUGAGCUGGACAUGAUUGACAACUUCUUCAGUGACCCUGCAUCUUGCAGCUGGGAGAUCAUCACCAUUGAUGAGGCUAAGCGGAGGCAGAGUUUCAGCAGCUGUGACGGAGAAUUGUCAUUGGACGCGCUGCCCAUGCUCAGAGACGCCAGUGAUCUGCUGCAGGACGCGCACAUCGAGAAGCUUGCCAGUCGCUUGCCAGCGCGUGUGCAGAUUUACCCCUGGAGACUGGUCUACAGCACGGUGAGAGAUGGGACCAGCCUGAAGACCCUGUACAGGAGCCUGGCAGACGUGGACAGUCCCGUGCUGCUGGUCAUCAAGGACGUGGAUAACCAGAUAUUUGGGGCUUUCUCCACUCAUCCCUUCAGAGUGAGCGAACACUGCUACGGCACAGGAGAGACGUUCCUCUACAGCUUCUGUCCUGAGAUCAAGGUGUUCCGCUGGACGGGGGAGAAUUCUUACUUUGUGAAGGGCAACACGGAUUCUCUCCAGAUGGGAGGAGGAGGCGGUCAGCUGGGUCUGUGGCUGGACGCCGAGCUGCACCGAGGAACCACCACCAAAUGUGCCACCUUCAACAACCAGCCUCUCUCCGUGCAGCAAGACUUCAACAUCCACAGUGUGGAGGUGUGGACCUUUGAGUAGCCUCACCUGCUCCCAGCUCCUCCUGCAUUCACUCCCAGCUUCAACCCCCCCCCAGGUCUAUUACAAACCGCUUGGCGUUGAACCCAGCUAUCCCACAUUGACACUGAAUGUUCUGUGAGAGAAGCGAGUGCGGUUGUUACGUUGACUGGAAAACGGAGCGGUCUUCUGUUGGCUUCUUUCAGGUGGGUUUGGUAGGCCGGCCCGUUCGGGUCCGGGUCCUCCUUCCGUCAAAGGUGGAAGAAGUGUGAGAAAAUGUGGUUGCUCUCAGUUCAUUAGAUGCCUUAGAUAUCCGCCGCUGCCUCCAGCUUUCCCAGCAUGCAGACUGCCAUUAGCUUGUGAGGAAAGAGGGAAGAAGAAUGCUGCUGAUGUACGUGUUGAGGUUGUUCCAAAAAGAUGUUUAAGUUUGUAUGAAAGAACAAGGUAUCCCAUUAAUGCAUUUGGUUAAUUAGUGCAGAAAUAAUGAUGUAAUUAGUAUCUUUGGGAACAUAAAGGGUGAAGUUGGGAAUCUUUUUUUAAUUUAAUAUUUACAAUCCAAUUAAAAUUUAAAUUUAAAGGAAGUGCAGUUUGUCAGGGAGAUUAUUUUUUUGGGGAUCCUCCACCAUUACAUAAGCUUUCAGCGAGGGAAAUCUUGUAAUUGUUUACAAUGGAGGUCCUGCACUUCCUCCGAGGGCCGUCUUGUGCUCUUAUUUUUUAGUAUUAGACGGCCUGAAUGAGAACGUUCCAUUGCAUUUCCUCGCAACAACAUUUUGUGUUUUUCUUUCCCCCGUAUAAUCUAAAACAAGUGGUAAAGCCAAGUUUGCAAUGACCAAAUAUGUUGUAUUCAAAUUUCACAGUUGUUGUGAGCUCAUUAUAUUUUAUAAAAUAUUUUAGAUUUAUUUUUAUUUUUACAUUCUGUUUUUUUAUAAAGAAUGCUCAGUUUUUGUUUUUGUUUUUAAAUGGUUGUACUUUUAUAGAAAUGUUGUGUUAAAUGUUUCUGAUUGGACCCAAUAAGCACUAUUGAUGACUGUUUGUCAGUAUUGAAUUCAUAUCUCGCGUCGACUGAUUUUGAUCUCUUUUUAUUUUCAUCUGCGGUCGUUGUUGUUCAGAGAGCCGGUAGAGGUUUAACAUGACAUCCCUCUUUGCACUACAGGAUUAAUCGACAGUCAAUGCUGCGUUGUGGCCCGAUGUAAUCGAGCAUUGCUUCAAUGUCGGAUUGUUACUGAUUUGUUAUCGGAUCACCACUCCAGGAGGGAAGCUUCCUGUCCAACCACAUGCCUCUGCUUUAAUCUAACGUGGGUGUAAAAGGGACGGUUUCUUUCUGCACUCUGGUAUGCCACUAACUAAAAAUUGAGAUCUACUAACAUGGAAAUUAAAUGUUCAUUUAUAUCUUGUGUAUCUGAUACAGGCUUGUAGUGCAUGAACAUGCGAUACUGCAAGACUGCAUGUGUGACACCACUGUUAUGAUACCUGCCAUACUAUUCAGUAAUACCAGUUAUCGCUUCAUGUGAAAAUGAGCUGUUCUGUCUUGUGUUGUAACUGUGAAUGCUCCCCGAGUAUUAUUUUUUGUGAAUCCAAAACUGCUGUGAUAUCACCAAUGAUCUAUUUAUUGUGUUAUUAUAGCAAACACAUUUAAACCUGAAUAAAUGUUAAACAUAUAUGAUAA